CCUAUCUGUCUUCCAUCUCAUUUUCGUCUUCUAACUCAUUUGACAGAUAAAGUUGGUAAAAUACAGCAAAAGGCAGCUAAUGAUAUACAGAUGGCAUGAUGAUUCAUGGCAUGGUCCUUUCCUUGUUUCAUCCAAUUCUGCCAUCCUCAUUCGACGACAAAUCUCUCAUGGAAGCACCUUAUUGGCUGCUGCUUUUCUCCCUCUUCCUUUCCUUCUUCCCCUUUAACACCGCUGCGCUCGACAUUGCUAUCCUGAGCGCCACCGUCCGCGACAGAGCCUUCGGCGUGUUGGCCCGCCGCCGAACCGGCGUCGCCUACUCGGUGCCUUUGCCUUCCGACCUCUCCGGCGCCUCCGCCUCCGUCGAACGCAUUCGGAGCGGCAUCUUAUGGACCGCCGGCGCUCGCCUCGGGUCCGUCAGCGUCCCGCCGCGGACGACGACGGCGCCGUUUGUGAGAAGACUCGCAUUCGUGUACCAGGACCUCGGUAACCGGUCGUCGUCCUUCUUCGACGGCGUCCGUGGGUACGCCCUCGCGUCGCCGGUCGUCGGGUUGAAAGCCUACGACGCGUCGUUGCAUCCCGGAGAGGAGGUUGAGCUGAGGACUCUCGGCGAGCCGAUCAUGGUCGCCUUCCCGAGAGUCUCGUUGCCGGCGGGGGUAAGUUCCACGGCGGCGAUUAAAUGCAUGAGGCUCGGCGCGGCGGACGAGCUGGCCGAUGCGGUGUCGGGGAACGCAUGCGUGGCGAGGCAGACGGGGCACUUCGCGUUGGUGGCGGCGGCUGGGCCACGGCCGAAUGGGGGGCGGAGGUGGUGGAUGGUGUGGGCAGUGUGGUUCGGCGGUGGGGUCGUUGUGGUUGUUGUGGCGGUGGUGGUGGGAAUCAUGAUGGUUAGGUGGAGGAGAAGGAAGAGAAGGGAGAGCAUGGGGAGGGUGGCAGAGGACGAGGCAGCUCUGGGGACGGUGUGGGCAGGGAGGAGCAAGAUGCCAUCUGCUAGCAUGUGCAGGACGGGGCCAGUGAUUGAGGAUGCAACUGCACCAUGAUUGGAUUCCAUUUACUUCAUGCAACAGAAACAAUAUGACACGCUUUGUAUUUUUCUCAGAAACAAAUUGUGUUUCAGGUGGAGCUAGUGAGUGAGCAGAAAUCUAUGUCGGUGGAUUAGAUCAGUAUUUAAAUUUUAUACAACGAGGAGUUUUAUGAUUCCUAGU